AUGGCUGGCUGCCAUGGUGAUCCUCUUGCGUUCUCAAACCAACCCUUCACCCACACAUCUCUUCAGCGACCACUAAAACACGCACAAAAACGACAUUGGCUGAGAUUCGAACACACACACAAAACACGCACUGCAGUGCCACACAUCAGGUGGCUUACGGUGACCCGGAAAGGGGUAUCAUCGGAACGCGAUAGCCAUCGGGUAGAGAUGGCAACGUUCAUGAGGGAAAAAGGAAGGAGAACGAGAGAGAGAAGGAAAGGUUUACCAAUGCUGGAGAACGUAGAGGAACGGAGGCCCCCGACGUCGGCCUUGACUCACGCAUCCGACGGUAGCGAAACAACAAUGAUAGUGCUCUGCUUACUCGGUGGCUCAACUGAUCGGAAGAAUAGCGUAACUGGUGGUGCUCGUUGGCAAGGCAGCAGGCGACGCCUCAUUUGGAUGGAAGAAGAAAAGGAGUUGGCGGCCGAUGAAAGCAUUCAAUGGGUAGUAGCGGUUGCAUCUUAUUCUCUUAGGGUUAGGGUUACUCGACUUCUCAUCCUAAAGCGGGAAAGAAUGAGCACCGGGUCUUAA